CAAAGUUAUUCACCGAAAAUGUGAAAGGCAUUGCAGGUGUACACAGAGUAAACGCCUAUAAAAUAGGUGUGACCUUUCGAAAGCCCGCACCAGCCAAUAAUUUUUUAAAAAUGGACAAUUUUUUAAACAAGUAUAAAUUCAAGGCUUUUGUACCAGCAUAUAUCACAGAAAAAACUGGUAUCAUAAGAUACGUACCGACAGACAUGUCCAACGAAGAUAUUUAUAAAAGUAUUAGUUGUGAUACCGAAGUGAUAUCCAUCAAACGUUUUAUGAAAAAAGUAGAGGGAAAACUAUCUCCAUUGGGCACUGUAGCCGUCACAUUUGCAGCUACCACUUUACCACAAUAUGCCUACAUACAAUUAUUUAGAUAUCCUGUACACACUUAUAUUCCACCAUUAGUCCAAUGUUACAAAUGUCUGAAGUUUAACCAUUCAGCUAAAGUAUGCCGUAGCUCACAGAUGUGCUCAUCAUGUGCUGGUCAACACUCAUACAAAGAAUGUGAUGUAGAAGAAAUCGUUUGUAUCAAUUGUAGUGGUAACCACUUAGCAAUUUCGAGAGAUUGUCCCAUUAAAAAGAAGAAAAUUGAAGAAAAAAGAAGUAAAUAUGUCAAUCACUCCUAUGCCGCUGUUACCCUUUACACUGGCCGAGCUUCAUAUUUCGCUUAAGAGUAGGAAAGAUAC